AUGAAGGUCAAGAUCAAAAAGUGGAACGCCGUCGCGACUUGGCGAUGGGACCUCCCGGAAGACGAUGUGUGCGGCAUCUGCCAGGUCCACUUUGAUGGCACAUGUCCGACUUGCAAAUAUCCGGGUGACGAGUGCAGCUUGUGUAAGAUGCCAGCAAAAUCCUUCCAUGUCAGGAUAUACCUACCUGUCCAGCUGACCUUUUGGUGUGUGUGUGUGUGUGUGUGUGUGUUCCUAGUGUCUGGCAAAUGCGGUCACAACUUUCACAUGCAUUGCAUCCUCGAGUGGAUCAAACAGGACUCUGCGAAAGGACAGUGCCCCAUGUGUCGUCAAAGUAAGUUCUUUUCUUUUCGUGUUUGGACUCGGACGCGGCGCCUGACAUGUCUGUCAAAGAAUUCGAAUGGAAUGGCCGCCCCAAUGCCACCGAAACAUCACUGGCCGAAACAACCCAAGGCCAAAUGCUCGCCUAGACCUAGACCUGAGAUCGCGGUAAUCGCCACGGGGCAAUUGGGAUCUCUUGCAGCUUACCUCCAUACUGAGAGCCAUGGACUGGCAAACCAGAAAUUGAGCUUCCAUAUUAUGAAAACAACCCACUUGCAUUAA